AUUAUUUUAUAGUUUCUUAUUGGAAAUGGUGUUAGUUUGAAGAAUAUAUGUAUGCAUGUGAAUUUUCCUUAGCUUUCUGUUUUAGAAAUUAAAAUUAUUAGAUUAGGAAUAAGAGUCUUAUUAUUAUAUUGUAUCUUGAUUUCUAUAUAGCUAAUAUUAUAGUAACUAACAUGAUAGCUCAAGAAAAUAUGGAUCGGAAAUGGAUGUUUGCUAGUCGAUUAUCAAAAGAAUAUGAAGAUGGGGUGAAAGAGUUUCAUAGAUUUGCAGUUGAGCAUGCAAAAAACCCUAGUAGAAUCAUUUGUCCUUGCUUGAAGUGUUGUCAUUCAAGGGUAGUGAACGCAGAUGAGUUAGAAGCACAUUUAGUAUGCAACGGAAUUGAUAAAAGUUAUUCAUGUUGGACCAAACAUGGUGAAAAUCAAAAAAAAUGAUAUAGCACAUAAUGGGCAUGAUAGCACAAGUUAUGCACCACAAGAGACUGACACAACAUAUGACUUAGACCAAGUUGAGGAGAUUGCAAACAUUAUUGAAGAGGAUAUGCGAGAUUGUCCUCAAAUGUUUGAUAGGUUGACAAUGGAUGCAAAGACACCACUGUAUAAUGGAGAUAAUUUAUUAUCUUGACCCAUUGGCGAAAGACAUUAAUAUGAGGCAAGAUUUGAAGAAGUUGUUUGACAUGGUUAUACAAACCUACCGAGCUCAAAGAGGGUCUAUGGUUUCAAAGUCUAAGUUAAGCAAUAUCAAAUGGACACCAAUUAAGUGUCCAAAACAAUCCAACGGCCAUGAUUGUGGGUAUUACAUUUGUCGAUAUAUGAAGGAAAUUGUCACAUAUUGUGAAGGAGGGACAAUUCCAAUAGAUUAUUUUCCUAGUUGCAGAUGUCAACAAUAUUCUGACAAUCAAAUCAUUGAAGUCAGGGAAGAUUGGUGUUUUUAUCUCAUUAGUAAAUGUUUAUAGGUUAGUUGUAUAAUUCCUUAUAUAACAAAAUAGGGAAGGUUAGGAACAAUGUUUUGUCUAAAGUGUUUUGGCUCCACAGUCUAGCAAAAAUGGAACAUGAUGGAUGAGUACUACAAAUAUUAGUUUUUUUUGCUAAUUUCUUUCAUGUAAU